CACUUUCGGAAUUAUUAUUCUCAUUCUGGGUUAGGACUUGAAAGCUGAUAGUUCAGUAACAUAAAUAGUCAAAAAAUUAAAUUAGAAGCUAUAAAUAAAAAAAUUAAAGUGAAUAAAUUUAAAAUGGGUACAACUAAACGAAAGGAAAAUCUAGAGGUGAAGACACCAAAAAGCAACACCUUCAAAAAAUCACUACGCAACGGCCAAUACAAGAGCCAAAAAGUGUCUCGCAUUACUACCAAUGGCUACCUCAACUAUUUGAGGGAAUUCAAAAAACAGUUUAGUGGUUUAUCCCCGCAGGACAUGGUACAUUUUGGCGCAAUGGCAUGGAAUAAGCUGGCCGGGGAAGAAAAGAUCAGUUUUAGAAAUAUGUAUAACAAAGAUGAAGAAAAGAAACUGAGCAAAGUUCUAAGAAUAACUGAUAAGGAUUCAAAAGCCAAGAAGAAGAUUGUAAAGAGCUCCACGGCAUGCAUUUUCACUAAAACCAAGAUGGAUAGGAUUCCUUCUGUAGUUUCAAUUCAAUCAAGUCCACUUCUAGUACAAAAUAAAAAGGUUACAGAGAAGAGGCCCAAGACAAUACUUAUAACUAUACCAGAUAAGUGUGGCGCGAGAGAUACAUGCAGUUUUUGCCCGGAAAAUAUCGGCCCAGCGCACUAUCGACUUGAGUGCCCUAGAACAAAGAAGCAUGACUUGUUCCCAGAAGAUAUAAGCGAAAUACAAUCAGAUACAUUUUCCGUGGAAAAUGCUUGGUUUGAAAGAGAAAGUAGACUUCGACGACCCAAGGACGAAUGUUGUAAAAUCGAGAUCAAAUCUGGACCUUUUUUCAAAUCCAAGGGCAAGGUGUGCCAUUCAAAAAAUACGCAUGUAAACAAUUUGAAAUCCGACAAGAGUACAUUGGGAUCUGCGAAUGCCUAUAUAAACUUCACAAAGGCUUUUGUUAAAAAAAAUGGUAACAUAAGCUCUAUACAACUGAUGAGAUCGGCAGCAUAUCAUUGGUGCAAAUUGACGCCAAGUGAGCGAGUCAAAUUCGAAAAUCGUACAUUUAUGCAAUAUAAACCGGGGAAUUAUUAAGCCUUCUUUCAAACUGUUAGCCAUAUAUAUUUUAGGUGCAAUGAAAUUUUUAGUUAUUGUAAACAUUUUUUGGCGGUAAUAAAUUUCAGAUAAUACUCUUUUUUA